CGACAUGGGCACCAGAGGUGUAGCGCUAGUCGCCGCCGCCCUCGGCGUGGUGGUGGUCACGAGGCUAUGGACAGUGCUGGUGGUGCGCCUGGUGUGGCGGCCGUACACCGUCGCAAGAGCGUUCACGCGGCAGGGCAUCCGCGGGCCGCCGUAUCGGCUCUUCACGGGCAACAGCAAAGAGGCCAUGGCGAUGCGGGCGGCGACGAGCGGCGACACGCUGGACCUGAGCUCCCACGACUUCAUCCCGCUCGUGAUGCCGCAGUACCGCGCGUGGAUGUCACUCUAUGGCAAGGUGUUCCUGACGUGGUCCGGCUUGACUACUCCGGCGCUGUUCGUGGGACGCUAUGACAUGGUGAAGCGGGUCCUCUUUGACAAGACCGGGUUGUACGGCAAGACGGACCCGGGCCCCAUUAUACUGUCUCUGCUUGGGAGGGGCCUCGUCUUCUCCGACGGCGAGUACUGGUCGCGCCACCGCCGCGUCGUGCACCCGGCGUUCGCCAUGGACAAGCUCAAGUCGAUGACGGGGUCGAUGGUCGCGUGCGCGGCGGAGGUGAUCCGGGCGUGGGAGGCGCUCGCCGUGGCGAGAGGGGAGGAGGAGGUGACAGUGGAGGUGGCGCAGCAGUUCACGGAGCUCACCGCCGACGUGAUCUCGCACACUGCAUUCGGCAGCAGCUACCGACAGGGGAAGGCGGCGUUCCUGGCGCAGCGGGAGCUCCAGUCCAUCGCCUUCGCCUCCUUGAACAGCGCGCGUGUGCCGGGCAUGCAGUACCUGCCCACCAAGGCCAACGCGCGCCGGUGGCAGCUCGAGCGCACGGUGCGGGGCACGCUCAUGGCCAUCAUCGACGAGCGCCUAGCUGCCGCACAGGAGGCGAGGGGUUACGGUACCGACCUGCUCGGCCUCAUGUUGGAGGCCAAUAAUGGCGGCGGCGACGGCAAGAGUCCGCAGCAGGCCAUGAGCAUGGACGAGAUCAUCGAAGAGUGCAAGACCUUCUUUUUCGCCGGCCACAACACGACCUCGCAGCUCCUCGCCUGGGCCACGUUCCUCCUCGGCACGCACCCUGAGUGGCAGCAGCGGCUCAGGGAGGAGGUGAUCCGGGAGUGCGGCGGCGCCGAGGUGCUCCUCCACGGCGAUGCCCUCAACAAGCUCAAGCUCGUGACGAUGGUGCUGUACGAGACAGUCCGGCUGUACGGCGGGGCGACGAUCAUCGCAAGGCAGGCAACGGCGGACGCGGACCUCUGCGGCGUGAAGGUGCCCAAGGCCACCAUCCUGUUGAUCCCGAUCGCGAUGCUUCACCGCGACGAGGAGGUGUGGGGCGCGGACGCCGGCGACUUCAACCCGCUCCGGUUCCGGGACGGCGUGGGCAGGGUGGCGGCGCACCCGAACGCGCUGCUGUCCUUCUCCCUGGGCCCUCGGUCGUGCAUCGGGCAGGACUUCGCGAUGCUGGAGGCCAAGGCCACGCUGGCGCUCAUCCUGCGGCGUUUCGCGUUUGAGGUGGCGCCGGAGUACGUGCAUGCACCGGCCGACUUUUUGACGCUGCAGCCGUCCAAGGGGCUCCCCGUCGUGCUCAAGCUAUUGGAUCUGUAGUAGAAGAGAGGAUCAGAAGCCACCGUUGUCACAGCUUCCAUUUGAACUAAAAGUAGGAGUAUAAAUUUCAU